CUGUACUAAUACUGAAUCCCCUAAAGUGUAAGUGCGGUUACAAUUACAGGGCUAAUAUGACGUUGAGCAAUCUGAUAGGCUGCAAUGCUCGUUGCAGCUGAGACGAGUGACUGAUAGGCAGUUUGCCAGUCCCUCGCGCUACGCACGCGAGGGGCUGUCGCCGCCAGUCUAUACAGACGUGUACUUGCAAUAAUUGAUGUAUACAUGUGUGAAUGCAUUCGUGUAUUUGAACAUGUUCAUUUCUCUACAUGUCCGUGUCCUACUGCUUGUUAAUGUGACUACUGCUAAUGAUUACUGGAACAACAGAAUGUAAGUUACAGUAUAUACAGACAUGUAUGAAUGCACUCACUGCUCCUACCAUCAUCCCCCUCUCUCUGUUUCCAUGUGUGUCUGGCGCUGGUGUCUCAUUGGACUAAACAGAAGGUGAGCGGGACACUGCACUGACUUGUGACUGUACUUGUGUCAGUAUUGUUUGAGUUGCAUGAGUACAUGUGUAUUGGCAUUCAUAGUGUACAGGCUUGUGAUUAUAUUCUUUUCUCUCUCCCUACAUUUCCAUGGUUACUGAAUAUCUGGAACAAUAGGAAGUGAAGGCUAGGAAUGAGAGUGAACUGACUAGUCAUGAGACGAGAAGAGCUUCCCUCCAACAGAGACUGUCUGGUGACAUCACUGACCAGGACCGGAGACAACUGCUGGGAGAGCUGGAGGAGGUAGAGGGGGAGAUCAAGAAGUGUGUCUCAGGGAUACAAGACUGUGAGGGGUGGAUACAUCGCUACGAGAAUAGCAUUGCUGAGAUACGAGGAGAAGGACAGGAGAGGCAGAGAAAGGAAGAAUCGAAGCUAUCAGCAAAGCGGUUGUUUGAUGAGGCGAUGAAGCACGGACACGUCUCGGUCAACAUUGUCAACAUGCUUGUGUUUGGACCUGCGGGAACAGGGAAGACCAAUCUCAAGCACCUGCUAACUGACAAGCCCCCUCCACUACAGCGAGACAGCACUCCUUGUAUGGAAAAGCCAGUACGCAUUCGACCCGUGUCCAACACGAAAUUCAAGACAACUGGAAGAGGCUGGGAAGAGAUAUCUCAGCCAAAGAUGCUCAAUCUACUAGCUGAAAUCAUUGCCAAGUUACCAAAAGAAAGCACCGAUCACCUAGUUCGAAAAAUCACUGAUCGCUCCAUGGCAUCACGGAUUUCCAAUGGCUUGAAGAAAAUGAUGAUGGCAUUAAGGAUUCCCAAGAGAAUGACCACAACCAAGCCAAUUUCUGGUUCCAAAUUGAGCCCAUCGACGAACGAUUCCGAUGAACUUUCUGGCUCUGCAAGAAUGUUGGACAAAGCCAUCGAUGAAGUGAUAGCGAGUGUAGUGAGUGGUGUGGCAGAAGAGCUGCCAGCCACACAGGGAACUGACCAACUGUCGAGCAGUGACCAGCAAGAAGGAAAACUGUUUGAUUCCAACUGGGUGUAUGUUACCGACUGCGGCGGCCAGCCGCAAUUCCACGAUGUCAGCCCUCUCUUCAUCAAGCACAUUUCGGUGGCGUUGAUAGUCCUGCGUUUGAUUGACGAACUCUCCAGUUUCCCUUCUGACGAGUACUACAAGGAUGGGCAGCUUGUUGGUAGUCCUCAUGCAUCUCACAUGACCCUCGGGGAGACACUUCAGAGUCUGAUUCGAUCCAUUGAGUCCCAUACCUCACAAGAUAAGAAGCCGAAGAUGAUCUUUGUGGGCACAUUCUUUGAUCAGCUGAAGAGCUCGAAUACACUUAUCGAGAGGAAUAAAGAGAUUCUCGACAUGCUGCCACCCGAUAUCAAGAAGCUAUUGGUGUACGAAAAUCUUGGAUUGAACAAUCUGAUUUUUGGUCUCAACACAAUCAGCCGAGAAGAAGAUUCACUGGCCACUGCCAAUAGGAUUAGAAUUGCUAUUGAGCGCUCUAUUCCGUUACAAGUAAAAAUGCCCAUCUGGUGGUCCUUCUUGGAUUCACUUCUCCAGAGUUUGUCUGCCAGUCUCGAGCGAGGUGUACUAAGCAUUGGAGAAUGUCUGCAAUUAGCCACUCGAUUUGGUUAUUUGCUCCAAGAUCUUGAAGCUGCUCUGGUCUUCUUUGACAACGUGUGUAUAGCGCACUACUAUCCCUCUAUUCUCCCCAACACAGUGUUUGUGGAUGCCCAGAUUCCACUAGACAAGAUCACCGAGCUCUCACAACACGCCAUCUCCCUGAGGAAUGCACGCUCUACUGUUAGCCCAGAAGGGACAGGCGCCGAAUGGAAGAGAUUUCGAGAUGAGGGCAUAAUCACUUUAAAGUUUCUACGAUUCUUCAAGAAGCAUUACGUUGAAGGCACCUUUUCUCCAGAAGAUAUGCUGUUGAUCAUGAAAGAUCUUCUUGUGAUUGCUCCCAUUCCUCUAGUGGAGUCCACUACCCACCAAGUCGAGUUCUUCAUGCCAUCUCUACUCACAUCGAUCCCACCUGUUGAGCUAGACAAAAUCCGUUCCUCCUUCACAAUAUCACCCUUCGCUAUCUACUUUCGUAGUGGGUGUAUUCGCUCUGGAGUAUUUUGCUGUCUAGUUGUGGACGUGAUCAAGAGGUUGGACUGGAAAGUUUUACUCCCCUCAGGGAAACCAAUCUGUUUUGCUAAAAAUUGUAUCCAGCUAAGAAUUCCCAAGCACCCGUAUACCGUGGCUCUGAUCGACUCCUUCUCGUAUAUCGAAGUGUACAUUGACGUCCCUUUUCCUUUACGCAAUGAAAUAUGCCCUACGAUUCGCAACGAAAUUUUAAGCAGCAUUAAAUUGUCCUGUCAAGCAUUGCAUUACAACAACGACACACCCGAGACAGGCAUCUUUUGCCCAUGCAAGAAGAGCACUGGAAGCAAAUUGCACCUUGCUGAUUUGAGCGAACGGAAGGACUAUUGGAUAUGCUCCCAGGAGGCACGUGUGUAUGGGAAGCUCAGUGACGAACAUAGAAUCUGGCUGGACCAUAGCGAAGGUUCAGGUGAACCAUCCUCUGUUACGAGAGAUGUCACUGAAAGAACGAGUGAUCAGCUGCAAUACCCCGGUAAUUCUGUAAUGGAAGAUGUGUGCUUGAAGACGGAAGUACAUGUGCAUGUUCAUGAUCAGCGAAAUACUUCUAACCUUGCAAUGGAACAUGUGGUCAAUAAAACGAGUGAUCAACAUACCAGUGAAUUGUCCUCUGUUACAGUAAUGGAAGAUGUGUGCAAGGAGACUGGAGUGAGGGACCAACAACUAGAUCAAGAAAUCCCUGAGAGUGACAUCAUUCUAAUCGCGGAGAAAUUUCCACACCUGCUGAGCGUGCACAAGGCUUUGACAAUUGACGAUCUGCAACAUGUUUACGAGAAACUACACACUGCACAUGAAAGUGCCAGCCCUCACUGGUUCAAUCUGGGAUUGGCUCUAGGUCUAACUUACUUUGUUCUCACCAAUAUCAAUAGCAAGCAUCGUGGCGAUAAUGUGUCGUGCUUGCGUGAAAUGUUGGCUGAGCUCCUGAGUACGCAAGAUGUAACAUGGAGUCUCCUGUCAGACGCUCUCAAAAAGCCCUCAGUGAAGCUCAUCAAUUUGGCUGAUAGCAUCACAGCCACAACUCCUAACCUGCUGAAUCGACUCAACCUCACCCCAGCUGACCUUGGUGAUGUAACUGAUGUCACACGUCGUUAUGGCAAUCAAGCUGGAGUGGCUCAUGCAUUGGGAGCGUGGCAAAGUGUGAAUCCUUCCAGAGCUACCUUCAGGGCCUUGGUAGAAAUUGCCAUAGGACUGAGAAGAGGAGACACUGCUACAGACAUUUGUAGAUUCAUUGUAGAGAAUACGAGUUGAACUGACCGAAACUGAUUUUGAUCAUAAAGUUUUUUAUUGAUACUAUUUUUUCUGUAAUGCUUUGCUUUUCUGCACAUUUUUGGUAGUCUCUG